AUGGAAUCCACACUCGGGCCGUAUCCCAAAGUCAUAGCCCUUACACAGGGCAUGAUCAACAAAGGUCUCGAAAACGUGUUUAGUUCGUAUGAACGGCUCCAGAGCCUGGAAUAUCUCGAUCACGAUUCCCACCUGUGGGAUAUCCGUAUUGAUUUGUUGCCGCCGCAAGUUCUGGUAUCAAAGAGUGGAAUUAACUUUCAAUUCCGGAUCAAGCUCGGCCGGAUCAAAGGGCCAGCAGCCCACGGCCAGAUCAAAGAGCCAGCAGCCCCUGGAGAGAUUGUGGUUGAGGUGGCGGGGUGGACACUCUCGCAUGCGCUAGACACGAGGGCGCUGCUAGAAUUCCGCGAGGCUGUGGAGCUGUGGGAUGCGGGCGGUAUGGCCGGGGAUUUCUCGCCGGAGCGGAUCUACGCGAUAUUACUCGCCUCUAUCGCGGAUGGAAUUGUGGUUGAUCUAGAUGAGAGCAGAUGUAUGCCCCAGAUACCUGCUGACGGGACCGGCGGUGUGGGCGGCGGGGCUAAGAAAGAUUACCCGUGGCGGAAGUGGGCGGCGGGACACGCUGUGGAGGCUGCAAUGCUGCUGGAGGUAUUCAAAGAAUGGCCUCGGAGAUUGAAGGAUCAGGGAUAUAAUCCACUUGGAGUGAGGUUUGAUCUAGAUGUUCUGCCUGCACUAGAGGAUGGGAAUAUGAUUGCUAUUGGUGAGAACCUAUCUACACCAUACCCUAACCCUGGCGCAGAGUUGAAGUUGACUUACUCCGUGUCUUUAGGUUCCCACAACGAAUCACGCCAGCUUUUUGAGCACAAUUCCUACUCACAAGCUGUCGUUCCAAAGGCCGAUGCCAAACUCAACAGCAUUCUUGUAUGCGGCACUGCUAGUGCUAGUCCCACCGGUCAAGCUGCUCAAGCCAAUGUCGACUCAAAACGGUUUAGCGCCAACUUCCUUUCUGACGCCCUUCACUCUGAGGGGUAUGACAUUACGUUUGGCUUCUGGACCUUGAAUCGCAAACACUACCUGGAGGAUUUCGUGCUCUCGCGGAUAAAUGUACUCCACGAGGCGACCGAAAUCAGCGUCGAUCCCCCGACAUGGGGUCCUUACGAGGACGGGGAGAUAGGCGAGGAACGAUACCACCCGACCCACAAAUUGAAGCGCGACUUUGCCCACAGGGAUGACGAUGGGAGACUCGUGUCGCCAAUGGGUUUCUCGAGGACGGGUUCGUGUUAUACAUGGACGAGCAACAGCGGCUCUGGGGUAGACCAGAUCAAGCACGACCAGCCUAAACUAGACCUACGGAAUGUCUACAGCUCUACAUCAACCCAUUCGAGUGUUGCGUUUUGGACCCCGGGAAAAGAUACAUUGACAGUCAACUUGAAGACGAGCAUCGUGAUCAGAUCUGACUGGUUCGAGAUCAAGUCGGGAACACAGUCAGGGAGCUUCAGGCGCAACUGUUCCAUCGCAUGGCACAUUGUACUCAAGUUUCUCAUCAUCAAUAAUGUCCUGCACAUCCAGGUUACCGAGGCCCCGCACCACAAGCAGGAGGCGAAUAAGAUCUUGACCACCGUAGACCGCGUUGGCUCGUUUGGCGUCAAGGGGGAUUAUGAGCCAGGCCUUGAUACGAGGCUAAAGAAGUUUAUCGAAGGGAGCUUGGAGCCAUCAAUUAAGCGCGCCAGCGAGUUGUUUCAAAAGAAAUUUGAAGAUGCCACAACCCUUAUCCCUCCCGAGAGGAGAGAUAUUGAUCUUGCAAAGGCAAUACUGAAUGAAACAGGUGACCUUAUUGUUGGGAUUGAAUUCAAGCCACCCCGCAGUAUGCGAGAUCUAGUUUUAAUACAUGACCUCGGUCCUGUUCACCGGGCAGCGCCCCUACCUCCCCGUCCCCCUACCCCACCACCAGCACGUACAGCUCUCCUUGAAUGGAGCUAUAAGUUCACCUUCAACGAGGAACGUACGCGCGCGCAACUCGUGCUCAGCGGGACCAACUUGGGCUUUGACGAGCUCGGCGUAGGGUUUAUCGAAGUUUCAUUCACCUCAGCCCAAGGCUCCCCUGACACGCUUUUCUCCACCAACAAACUCCCGUACAAAAACGACCGGGUGACGCUUGCGGCGGGAUCGGUGGAGGCAACCUUGCAAACCCCAACCUCCGAUGGGAACAACAUUAAGGUCGCCCUUGAUGUCGUCCCUGUCCCGCCCGAAUCCACCGUCGAGAUUGAGGUUGAUGCGAUUUCUGAGGCGAAGCCGGGGGUGUAUCUGGUCCGUGUUACUGAAUCGUGGAGGGACCCUGAGGAUGAUUCGCGCUGGCAGCGGCAGGGAUUGAAGGAUAUCAUUAAGGUAGUUGUGCAAUAA